AUGGCCAUCUCGCUGCCAACACCUUCGCCGUUGCUUAGCCACGCCGCUUCCACAGAAGCGGACUACGACUGCUGGGAGAAAGCGCGGGUGGAUCCGGACGUCGAUCCGGAGGAGUUCGACAAAGUUCGCACCGUUUUCGGAUAUGGAUCACUGAUCUUCCGACCCGGCUUCCCCUUCAAGAGGAGCUACCCCGCCAGCGUGCGCGGCUUCCUCCGCCGCUUCUGGCAACGGAGUUGUGAUCACCGGGGCACCCCAGAAGCGCCCGGUCGGGUCCUCGCACUGCUACGCUGCAGCGAUGUGACGGAUGUGGAUCCAUCCGAUCGAUCCGAUGUGGUGACAGGGAUGGCCUAUGAGGUGGAGAUGGAAGACUGGCCAGCGGUACUGGAAGCACUGGACAUUCGUGAGCGCCAUGGAUAUACCAGGACGUUGGCAGAGCUCCACAGCAGUGAGGGCCUUCCGCUGGGCCGCCAGGGGGUGGUUUACUGCGCCCAUCAGCCGCAGCAGAGCGCCGCCUACACCGGGCCGGAGCCGGUGGAGGCGACCGCGCAGGUGAUCCGCACGGCCAAGGGGCCCUCGGGGCCCAACGAGGAGUAUUUGUUCUCACUGCUGGAUGCGAUGGAAAGCAAUGGCUUACCCGCAGACCCAUACCUCACGUCUCUGUCUGCAGCAGUGCGAGAAAAAGGGUCCCGCCCACGCGGCUUGUGA